UCUCUCUCUCUCUCUCUCUCUCUUACACACACUUGUGUGUGUGAAUUAGCUCAAAGGCUUCGGUUUUCUGAAUUUUCAUCCAAUUAUCGAUUCUUUCACCUCACAAAUCUUGACAGAAAUUGGCUCCUUGUGCUGAUCAAUCCUGUUGUUCUUUGCAUUUCCCAAUGGCGUUUGUUCUUCUACUCUAUAAGGUUUAUAUGUUACGCGAUGAUUUCAUUUUCGAUGUUUCGACUUCUGUUGUUAGUUUCAUCCCUCCGAGGCUCUGAUCUGUGGAUUUUUGCGUAUGCUUGAUUUAUGUUAUAUCUGUGAGUUCGUCACAAGAUCUGAUAUAAUUUGAUAAUUUUUCGUAUACCUAAACCGAAUUAAUCCAAAUGCAGCAAGUUUUACGUCCUCCGUGAUGAUUUUGUUCCAAUUAUCGACAUUUUAAGCCUACAAAUCAGAAUCUGGGAGUAGACUUUGUCAAAUCGAAACGGUUUUUAGAGAUAAUGUAUGCUAUUAGAUGCUAUUCACUUCAAUUUUAUGAUUAUCCGUUACUAUAUAUGCUCGCGAAAAUUUGUGUGUUGUGUGUUGUGUAAAACUUGACAUGCGUAUUCCGUUUCCCUUUUUGACCUUCACAAGCACCUCGUGUGUUCUUUUUUCUUCUUUAUUUCUUUGAGUGUUUUUUGGGGCAAUGUUCGUAGGGAUUUUCCUUGUGAGUGCUAGAAGUAGUUGUUGAUACUCAAUCAUACGUUCUCUCUGUGCUUUUUCUGGUUCUCUGAAUUUUGUAGGCGAAAAUGUCAAAUGAGAAUUCUGUGUAUGAAAUUGUUAGUAGUUGUAAUCUCAAAGAAAAAAAAAAAGGUAAAAAUAAAGACUUCGAUCCUUGUGCAUUUGUGAUGAGGAAGAUAGAAAUAAACAAUCUUUCUGAACAGCAUUUAGUUAUUAUCAUUGUGGUACCCUUCCAUUUGACAGAGCCUUUUCAAAUUGCUUUCACUUGGUACAAUAGUACAUCUGCACUGAUUCAUUUUUUUUGGCUCAUGUACCUAUCAAAACAGAAUCCAUUUAUUUUUUUAUCUUCUUUAGAAACUCACUCCUUCGGUUAACAUAAGGAAAUUCAGAUAUCCGCAGUGUUAAUUUAUGAUAUUAGAGUUGUCAAUGUGUCAUAUGUUAUGCUCUUCUCUUGAUGCACAUGGGUAGUUUUAUAACACUCACCAACUAUCCAUCUUUGAAUAUAAGGUUAAAAACUUAAAAUGUUCAUACACAACAACAAAACUUUUCUUAUUAAUUGACAUGUAACAAGUACAUAUAACUUUAUAAUAACUCAUAACUUAUAAGUUUCGAUUCCAUUCAUGGGCUCCCACUCUCUUUGUGUGUGUAUGCAUUUGCCACAAAAAAGUCAAAGUCAACUCAAAGAUGUUAUUACUUAUUAUGAAUAAACUAUUUUUCCAGCUACUAAAUGGAACAAUAAAUUAAGUAUAGCUGGCUUGAAAGAUAUUGUUUUUAGUCAUAUAUAUAUUUUUUCCAUGUAGGAUGUUAUUUAGAAGCUGCACCAUGAAAUUUGUAACAAAGAAAGGACUGAAAUCCAUCGUGCCACUUCGUUUAAAAGGAAAAUCCGCCACCCGUUUUUGUUUUUUCCCAAAAAUAAAAGCCGAAUAUGGGCCCGGAAACACACCCGUUUAUCUCAAUGUCUAUGACCUCACACCCAUGAAUGGCUAUGCUUAUUGGGCUGGUUUUGGCAUCUUCCACUCUGGUGUAGAAGUUCAUGGUGUGGAAUAUGCAUUUGGAGCUCAUGACUAUCCGACUAGUGGUGUGUUUGAGGUUGAGCCAAGACAAUGCCCGGGGUUUAAAUUUAGGAGGUCGAUAUUAAUCGGGACUACAUGUUUGAACCCUAGUGAGGUUCGAGAGUUCAUGGAGCAUCAUGCUGCAAACUACAAUGGUGACACGUAUCAUCUAAUUGUCAAAAACUGCAACCAUUUUUGCAAUGAUAUUUGCUACAAGUUGACUGGAAAGCAAAUCCCUAAAUGGGUUAAUCGACUCGCUAAAUUGGGUUCAGCUUUUAGCUGUGUACUACCAGAAGCACUAAAAGUGUCUACAGUGCAACACGAUCCACGAUGCUUACCAUACCAGGGUGAGGGUGAGGGUGAGAGUGAGAUGCGAAGGCUAAGAAGCAGUAGUUUUAGUUGCCUGGCAUCGGUUUCAUCAAGGCAGAGACACUUGUCAACAUCUUCUUUGCUUUUGCAGUCGCCUUUGAAAGGGUGCUUGCCACCUUGGGAAUUGAGACGUUCUAGCAACAACUCGUGUGCACAAUGAUAAUUAGAUUCGGUUUUUUUCUUCUAAAAAAAAGGCGGUUUGAUCGUUAAUUAGUUGUGUAUUUGUAAUCAAACUACCUAUAUAAGUUUUAGGAGAACCAAUGUGUUUAUUGAUUGCACUAGUAGAGAACCAAUGUGCUUAUAUGAUCUGAGGCUCCCAAUCUAAUCUUAAUACAUAUCAAACCAAGGAUAAUAAAUAUCAAUCUCUACAGAUAACAUAAUACAAUACAACUAACGUUUUACUUAAGAGAGAUACGUAUUCCAAAGAAUUUGUCCGAAAGUUUCACUAAUUUUGUUUUAAAUAAUAAAAAAGUAUGUACGAGUCUGAAUCUACCGUUGAAAAAACAAACCUGCAUCAACACAAAAGAGAUGGUUCAGAUUAAUUGAGGUAAGAGUGU